UUCAGCGGCCACGAACCUAAUUGGUAUGUACCGAUACGAAAAUCGUCUCUUGAAGAUGGAGAGAUAUGCGAAUCGCGACUAAUACAAUUCAACAGCUGGUGGAGGUGCUGGGAUGAUGGAGGCGUUGGCGUGUCAUCCCCUCGGUAAGGACCCUACCUGCAUGCAUUUGCUGAAUCUUCCCCCCUUUGUGUAUGCGCCAGCGUAUGGUCCUCACAGACGCAGCCAAUCGAUAUGUAGAUUGACGUCUUUCACCCACAGACACGAUCAAGGUUCGGAUGCAGCUGUCGCGGCGCGCGAGGCAGCCCGGCGCACCCAAGCGCGGCUUCAUCCGCACGGGUGUCGAGAUUGUCAAGAAGGAGACGCCGCUGGGCCUGUACAAGGGCCUCGGCGCCGUGCUGACGGGCAUCGUGCCCAAGAUGGCCAUUCGGUUCACGAGCUUCGAGGGGUACAAACAGGCGCUGGCGGAUAAACAGACGGGCAUGAUCAGCGGCCAGGCAACGUUUAUGGCUGGUCUCGCCGCCGGUGUGACGGAGGCCGUCGCCGUCGUGACGCCGAUGGAGGUCAUCAAGAUCCGCCUCCAGGCGCAGCACCACAGCAUGGCCGACCCGCUCGAUAUCCCCAAGUACCGCAACGCGGCGCACGCGCUAUACACGGUCGUCAAGGAGGAGGGAUUUGGUGCGCUGUACCGCGGCGUGUCGCUGACGGCGCUGCGGCAAGGUAGCAACCAGGCCGUCAACUUCACGGCCUACUCAUACUUCAAGGAGGCGCUCAAGAAGUACCAGCCCGAGUUCGAAGGCACGACGCUGCCCGGCUGGCAAACGACCUUCAUCGGGCUCUUCAGUGGCGCCAUGGGGCCCCUGAGCAACGCGCCCAUCGAUACAAUCAAGACAAGAUUGCAAAAGACGCCGGCCGAAUACGGUACGAGCGCGUGGAGUCGGAUCGCCAAGAUCUCUAGUGAUAUGUUCAAACAAGAAGGUUUCCAUGCCUUCUACAAGGGCAUCACGCCGCGCAUCAUGCGCGUCGCGCCUGGCCAGGCCGUGACGUUCACCGUCUACGAGUUCCUCAAGGAGAAGUUGGAGAAGAGCAACCUCGCUUUUACCGGGGGCAAUUUCGAGGAGUAGAAGUAGAAGCAGGUCGCCGAUGCUUGGGCACGAAAUGUUUGUUUCCAGCGGUGGAUAUCUGUUGUCUUUGUUUGCAAAGAUGCCAGGGUCUAAUGUGCAUGCUGCUGGAGGGCGGCUGUCGUGAUUCACUAGUUGGUCAUGGGGAGGUUAUUGGCGGGGGUCAGCAGCGGUGCGAAUAUGUAGAUAGGUCGAGAAUGCGCGCA